AGAAGCAGCAGAAUAAUAAGAAGAAGAAGAAGAAGAAGGAGGAAGCUCCUCCAUGGAAACAAGGGACGCCAGAGUAGUUGCUAUCUACUAAGAAGGAAGUAUAUAGGUAGAGGCUGGUACACCACUUUACGUUAAACUAUAGAGGGUCAUGAAGCGUCUCCAAAAGAAUAUAUUACUGACUUUUUAUUCAAGUACACUAUGUGUAGUUAGCCACUAGCUAGCUAACAUGAACGAAGGAUGAAACCUUAACAAACUUGGCUGGCUCCUCUUACGUAUACGUAAACAAUGUAUUAGUUGACGCUUAGCCAAACAGCCUUCGGGAAGAGCGUCAGUUUGAAGAUGUGGAAACGAGGAGGUCGAAGCUCUGCUCUGGACCGAGCUCAGGCUCUGCUCGUCGCGAAGAAGAACAGCAGAGGAGACGCUGAGUCCACACAAGGGGCACAUACAGGUGCUGUGGGUGGGUCUCUGAAAACCAGAUCUGCUCCCCCAAAUACCCAGACUGUACACUCGGAUCUGAGCGACCUGUCCUCGGUCAGUUCAGCUCCUGAGAAUGGAGCUGACUCUGUGCUCUCUGUUGCUCCUGUUAUGAGUCAGGGAGGAGAGGGGGGUUCUAUCAAGGACCUCAGACUUCAGAGCUCUCCGGGAGGUGGCGGAAGCAGAUUCUUGAAGAAGGCUCCACCACCUGGACCCAACUGCAGCCAGUCACCUGUCAGCAGGAGCCAAAUGCAGCAUAAUCCUGAACCAGGAUAUGUGUCAUCUUCCCGGCUUGGCUCCCAGGCUGCUGCUAUGAGUAGACUGGCUCAAAUUGAGAGCCGUAUCCGGAGCCGUCAUCAGGCCCAGGAGCAGGCCAGACGGGGAAUCUCACCACAACCAGAAGCUUCCAAGUCCCUGGAGGCAAUUAUGCCAGUCUCAGCACAGACCAACAGUGACCAGAGUCUGACAGGAAAACGUUUCCUCAAGAACAAGGCAACUGUAGAUGUUGACAGUACUAACACUGCUGCCUCUGGGUAUCCAAAAGGCCCAGAUGUUGGUGUCAGGUCCAGGUCCAGAGCUGCUGGUACUUUAGUCCCUUCAGCAGAUUUGGAGAUAAAGUCACUCAGAGUAAUGAGUGGCGUGAGUCUGGAAAGUGAUGAGGAGGACAUGAGGAAACUGCUUGGAGACUCUUGGGAUUCAACAGACGACAGCUUGUUAAGACCAGGGAGACCUUCAUCCAAGAGAACAGUGGACAAGAUAUCGAGCAAAAGCAGUCAGAAGGUUCACUCCACACCUCCUCCAGCUGCUGUUUGUCCUUCGUCACCCUCCAACGAAGCACCAUCUCGCUCCCCUGCCUCUCUCUCUCGCCGUAGUUCUCCUUUUCGAUUCACUGGCCAGGCUCAGGCCCACUUCAGCCCCUCUGUGCUCUCUCCAUCCCCCUCUCCUCCCCGUGUCUCCCCCUCUCCUCCGAGGAGAAUGAACUCUCCUCACAGGGCUGGCAGUCCACAGCGUUCCCUCUCCUCUAUGUCAGGCCGCAGUGAGGUGCUCUCUCUGGAGGAGCUCUUUCCUGUGGGGCCUGGCUCCGAAGAUCCCCACAGUGAGAUGAGUUUCGCCUCUUCUGGAGACUUCAAGAUAAAUGUGAUGACAUUAGACGAUCUUGUCCCUGCUACCUUUGGAUUUACAGAGGAAACGCCAAGAAAGGAGAGAGAAGCCAAACACAGCGCCCCCAUUCCUGGAUCCCUGAUCAGACAUCAGCAGCCACCAAGACUGAGAGAGGGGGAGAAGGAAGAGGAACAACAGCAAGAGGAGGAUGUGCUGGACUACCAAAGUGACUUUGAGAGUGAGAGCAGGACAGAGCCAAAUUACAGUGCGAGCCAGGUUUCAGAGCACCUGCAAGGAGAUGGAGAUGAAUUGGAUGUAAUGUCGGAGAUCAGAGAGGAGGCUUCGAAUUCAGAUGUAUCCUGUGAGAGGACAGAAGAUGAUUACUCGAGCACUUUCUCGGACACAACCUCGCGGACCUUAGAUCGCAGUCAAACAUCAAAGUCAUUCAGCAGAAGCAGGCUCUCCAGAUCCUCACUAUCACACGGCAGCCUGACUUUAGGUCACAAGUCGAAUAGGCGUGAUUUAGCCAGAAAGGUUUUAAAAGAGGCAGCAGUACAGACCCAACCUGAUACCAUGGCAAACACAUGGUCAACUGGUAUGGCUUCAUUUCAACCUCCACUGGGCAUGACCUACAUGAAUCCCACCCCUGUGGCUGCUCAUUCUCUCAGUGCAGAAACAGUAGAAGCUCUCAGCAGCUUCAAUCCAGCUGUAUUUGUACUCAACGAUAUGCUGAAACAGCAGCUCGCCAUGACAAGACGCUUCAUCGAGAGCAGUCGACAGCUUCACUCCUGCCUGGUGCAGAGCCUGGAACCACCAAACUACAGAUACACCACGCUGGAGGACACCAAGGAGUACAUUCGCAAGCACAGACCUCCAAAACUCACAAUGGAGGAAGCCUUAGAAGAGGUGCUGCAGGAGAUGAGAGACUGCCACUGUGUGUGACAGUGGAUGCACAGUCGAACUGGAAUACUGAACUCCCAUGUGCAUUUGCCAUUUCUUCUUGUAUGAGUAAAUGAGAUUUAUACAUAAUGAAAUACUAUUUUUCUACUAUGGAAUUAUAUUUGUUGUCAGUCAGUCACCGUACAUACCAUGGAGAUUUGAAUUGAUUCUUCUGUAAAGUGCACUCUAAGAUCAUGAGCCUCUAUAAUGCAGAAAAUCACAUCAUACAUUCAGUUUUUUAAUUUGUGCCACUUUAAGUAAUGUGAUAUAGUGACGUUUGAAUGUAUCAGAUUUUUUUAAUGGAUUCAUUGUGUGACAUAAAGGCAAUAACACACCCACACUUUGCUAGUGAAAUAAUAUUAAGCAUCCCUGCUGUCACUUGUACAUUCUUAGAAAAUCGUGAUAAACAAUUUUAUACCUUCA